AGUGUUGGAGAGGGAGAGAGAGGGAAAAGUGGGGUUUUGGGGAGUGAGUGAGUGAUGGAUUUGCAGCGUAACAACUCGUCGUCUCCUUCUUCGUCUUCUAAUUCCAUAAACAAUUCUAACCCCAACAAAACGACACCGUCUCGCGACGACCCUAUGCAGUCUUGGUGGGAAUCCGUGUCCAAGGCUCGUUCUCGCAUCCACGCCCUCGCCGCCAUCCUCCCUUCCUCUUCCUCCCAUUCCCUCUCCACCCUCGCCGACUCCGACCGCCCCGCCCUCUCCCUCUUGUCCUCCCCCGCCGCAUACUCCGCCAUCUCCGCCUCCCUCUCCGGCUCCGAAUCCGAUCCACUCUGCCACUGGCUCUACGACACCUUCCUCUCCUCCGAUCCUCACCUCCGCCUCGUCGUCCUCUCCUUCGUCCCUCUCCUCUCCGGCCUCUACCUUUCCCGCAUCCACUCCGAACAUUCGCCUUCGCUCGCCGGCUUCGAGGCCAUCCUCCUCGCAAUAUACGCCUACGAGACCAAAAUCCGCGCCGGUAAACCACUCCUCGUCACUAUCCCCGACCUCUCCCACCCUUCCAUCUACCACUCCCCUCUCAGGAAGCCCCCUCCUUCCGCCGCCGCCACGCCGCCUUCCGUCGGCGUAAUAUCUCCCCCUCUGGAGCCCCAAUCGGCGGUGAAAUCGACCAAGAGGGGUUGCAUUGUUGGCGUGGCACUUCAUUGUUACUACUCACAGAUCUCUCAUAUGCCAAGCUGGUCCAAGCUCGAGUUUUGCCGCUUCUCUGCUGGUUGGGCUGGCCAGGAUUGCCCUUGCAGGACAGAGUUUGAUCCUGUUGGGAAUGAUGUCAAUGGUGGUGAGAUAGAGAUUGAGGAAUUAGAGAUAGAGAUGGGGAAUUUGCAGAUUCUUGAGGCUGAGGCCAAAAAGGGGGAUAGGAUCCCUUUGCCUUGGGAGAUUCUGCAGCCUGCUUUGAGAAUAUUGGGACACUGUUUGUUGGGUCCAUUGAACUCUCAGGAUGUGAAGGAUGCUGCCUCUUAUGCUGUGAGGUGUUUGUAUGCGAGGGCUUCUCAUGAAUUGGUGCCUCAGGCUAUACUUGCUACGAGAAGUCUCAUUCAACUUGAUAAUAGGGCUAGGGAUGCUGCCAAAGCUGCUGCUGCUGUUGCCACUGCCACUUCAAAUGCUAGCACGCCUACCAAACUCAAGAAUCCUGAAAUUCUUUUGGUUUCUAAGUGAGCAUUAAUUAUGUUUGCCGUAUAGUAUAGUAUAGUAUGUGGGUUGCUGUUCAAGACCACUUUCUGUACUCUAGCUUGAUGCUGUAAGCACAAUUCAGUUUGUAUAUUUAUACACACACACACAUAUGUAUAUAAAACUUCCCAGGUGAUUAGUUAGGUGUUUUAGCUUCUUUUUGUUUUCUUCAUGAAAUUAUCAAGUGCUUCAGUUGUGAUCUUGUUUGAUUGUAAUACUUCUAUGUGGUGCGGGCCCUUGUCUCUGAAUUAUUGCUGUAGUAAAGAAUGAGGAAA